UCGCCGGGUCUAGUCCCACCACCUCUCGAGUCUCAACUUCUUAGGAGCGCCGUUCGCACCCAUUUCCCUGCAGCGACCCAAGCAUAUAUGAGGUUUCGACCUUUCCUUUCUCCCCUCCACACCCGGCCGUGUCAAAACCCUCGCCACCGAAACCCUCACCGCUCCUCCUUCCUCUCCUUAAACCCUAGCUCCUCCUCCUCCAUGACCACCGGAGCCCGCCCCCUGCCCUGCGACCCCGAGGAGGACCCCGACGAGGCGAUCUGCGCCGCCCUCGACGGCGCCUGCUCCCUCUCCGACGCGGCGGGGCCGCCGCCGGGGCCCACGGAGAUCCCGCUCUCCGGCGAGCUCCGCGUAGCGCGCGCCUGGGCCCAUUGGAGGCGGAUCGGCGCCCCGAGGCUCGUGGUGGCGCCCAUGGUGGACAACUCCGAGCUCCCCUUCCGGAUGCUCUGCCGCAGGUACGGCGCCGAGGCCGCGUACACGCCGAUGCUCCACUCGAGGAUCUUCUCCGAGAACGAGAAGUACCGUAGGAUGGAAUUCACCACCUGCAAGGAGGAUCAUCCACUAUUCGUCCAGUUCUGUGCAAAUGAUCCUGACAUAUUGUUGGAAGCAGCAAAAGUGGUGGAACCUUACUGUGAUUACGUCGACAUAAAUCUAGGUUGCCCGCAGAGAAUUGCCAGGCGAGGCAAUUAUGGGGCUUUCCUCAUGGACAACCUCCCUCUCAUCAAAUCCCUCGUCCAGAACCUCUCGAUAAACCUCCAUGUCCCAGUUUCAUGCAAGAUACGGAUUUUUCCGAGCCUAGAAGAUACGAUAGCAUAUGCAAAGAUGCUUGAAGAGGCCGGAUGUUCUCUCCUAGCCGUCCAUGGCCGUACUAGAGACCAAAAAGAUCAGAAGAAAAUCCAAGCCGAUUGGGAUGCUAUAAAGGCUGUUAAAGAUGCCCUUAAAAUACCUGUCCUCGCAAAUGGAAACAUUCGCCACAUGGGAGAUGUCUAUAGCUGUUUGGAUCACACAGGUGCCGAUGGUGUGCUUUCAGCUGACUCUCUUCUUGAAAAUCCAGCACUUUUUGCUGGAUUUAGAACAAUGGAGUGGAAGGAGGAAGAAGAUGGUGAUGGUGGUUUGGAUCAGGCAGAUUUGGUGGUAGAGUAUUUGAAGCUGUGUGAGCAAUAUCCUGUGCCUUGGAGAAUGGUAAGGUCUCAUGUUCAUAAAAUGUUAGGGGAUUGGUUUAGGAUGCAUCCCCAGGUGAGGGAGGAGCUCAAUGCUCAGUCCAAGUUGACUUUCGAGUGGCUUCAUGAUAUGGUGAAGAGGCUCAAGGAGCUUGGUGGAAGAAUUCCGCUUUAUCAGAAGGGUGGUGCUGAAGAGAGAAUAAUGGCAAAUGGACAUGCAGCUUACAAUUCAUGAUCCUUAUAAACAUGUUGGUUUUUUGAUUGCUUGUUGUCUUGCAGCACGUAUAGAAGUUAACAGUAUUCGGGCAUCAAUUAAAAUCAGGCACCCAGAGCCAGAUUUUUUGCUAAAUUAUUUACUGAUGUAUACUUUGAUCCUUGUGGUAGAACCCAGAGACAGCCAAUUAUGGGUUUACGGAAGCGAACACAUUCUCCUUACUGAUUUACAUUCACCUGCUGUUUAGUAACAACAUUGGGAGCAGGCCCACGGAAUCAAAUUAGAUCACACAGAAAUUUUGUUAAAUUGGGAGUGAUUUUUUUUAAAGCUUGUUGAUCUAGUCACAAUUAUAAUGUCAACACCAUUUUCUUGCCCGGUUCUUGGUUCAGCAUAUUGAGACGGUCAAUGUGAGCAAAUUGUUUACUCCACUGUCUCCAUAAUUUUGAGUUGUCGUUUAAAAGUUUGCCGACGACUUCUCUUUUUUGUGCAAGGAUGUUUCCUUCAUUCUAUGUUGUGCCGCACUUUGCACUAUGUAUCAUUUAUGCUGAAUCCUACGAUCUGCUCUAAUAAGUGAUUUAACAGAUAUUUGUUGUUGUGCAACA